UGCCUCUGUGUCAGUCAGCGCAGUAUUUCUGAGUUAUUUAUUUUGGUAGGAACCAAAGUUCUCUAAGGCGGAACCUUUGUUUUUGUAUCGCCCGUUUCCGUCAGGACAUACUUUAGCGUAACACUCAUCAAAAAAGUCCGCUGAUUUAGUACAUGUUUUUCAGUGCUGAUGCAUCUGCAAAAUAGCUCUUAGCAUCAAGAUAAACAAUCCUACAGAGUAAUGCCAAGCUACACAACUUUCCUCAUGCAAUGCAGCUACUAAGUUUUCACGGUCUGGAUGAACCAAAUAAAUCCUGCCAGUAAACAAAAAGGAAACUCGUUGCUGUCGUUUGUACUGAGGGAAUUAUAGUGAAAACUUAGCUGCUCACGAAGACAGCACCAAAGAGCAGUGAAUGACAACAGUAAGGCAAGUAAGAUGUCCCGAAAUGGCGAAGAGCACACAAUUGCAGAUGUACAUUUCCCAGACAUGGAGUCACACGCACCUGACAAGACAGAGUGUGUGCACGAGCACAGCUCAACCGUGCAGCCACAAGCGACUGAAGGCAUCAUAGUGGACAACCCCGCUUCCUCAGAAGAGCCACCAUUAGGCCAAAGAGUCCGCAGAAUGACGGAAAAGGGUCAAGAACAGCAUGAUGAGCAAGUAAUAAAGGUUGCACAUCGGUUCAGUGUGUGCUAUGAGAAGUGGAAGGAUGCCACUAAAGAAGCCAACCAAGCGCUGAGUGGAAAGUGCUCAGACGACCUGCUAGAUGGACAAAUUACUAAAGUACGCAAUACCUCUAGGAGUCUAAAUGACGUUUAUGACGAUUGGAAACGCCUUGAGGUUCCUGACCUUAACACACGUCGCAAAAUCGACACCUGUGAAACAGUAACAAAGAAGAUGGUUAAGGAUGCAAUGGACCUUAUAGAUGCAAGGGAGGAAGCUACAGCCCAUAGGCAUACUACAAGUCAAAGACAUGAAGAACAUCGAGUCAUUGAAGAGGUAAUGUCUGUAGCCUCAGGAAGGACAGGCACUAGCUCUCGCCACACUAAGUGCUCCUCUGCAAGCAGGAAGACUGCAGCUGCUGAGGUUGCUGCCAACAAAGCCACCUUAGAAGUACAGCUGGAGCAAGAGCAUUAUAUUAAAGAGCUUCAGAGACUGGAAGUUGAAGCCGCUCAGCUAAAAGCCAAACAAGAGGCUGAAAAUGCAGAGAGACAAAGAGUGCUAGAAGCCAAGCGCAGAGAACUAGAUCGAUUGGAGACUAUUAAGAAGCUAAAGGCUGCCGAGGCACGACAGCAAGUAUAUGACCAGAGUAUACAUUCAUGUCCGGCAACUAAGGGCGACGGCUCAGAUGAAGAAAUAAAUUAUCUUCUCCAUUGUGGCUCUGUGAAGAAAGAAGAGGAAGUCAAGCCUCAAACUAUAAAUGUUCUUCUCCAUCGUGUCUCUGUGAAGAAAGAAGAAGUCAAGCCUCAAACUAGCCCACUGCGGCACCAUUCUACACCACCAGCUGUAGCACAAGCAAGGCAAGAAAACAAAUAUGAAGAUGGCACAACAGCUCUCGUCAAAGCGCUCGCAGAAGCCAUCAGUGCGAGUCGCAUUCCUCUACCUGAACCUACAGUGUUCAGUGGUGACCCACUCCGAUUCAACGACUGGAAAGUGUCCUUUCAGACGCUCGUUGACAGGAAGAACAUACCAGCUGAAGAGAAGAUAUAUUAUCUACGCAAGUAUGUGGGUGGAUCUGCUAAAAGGGCCAUAGAGAGCUACUUUUUACUUGGCACAGAGCCAGCAUAUUAUGCAGCAUGGGACAUCCUAGAAGAGCGAUACGGCAAUCCAUUCCUCAUCGCCAAGGCCUUCAGAGAGAAGCUCGACGCGUGGCCCAAGAUAAGCUCCAAAGGCAGUAUGGAACUUCAAGAACUCGCCGACUUCCUGCGCUGCUGUGAGGCAGCCAUGUCUCAGAUCAGAGGUCUUGAAAUACUUAAUGAUUGCAACGAGAACCAGAAAAUUCUCUCUAAACUCCCAGACUGGGUGACUUCAAGGUGGAAUAGGAAAGUCAUAGAAGCAGAAGAAGACACUCACAUGUUCCCGAGCUUCAGCCAGUUUGUCAAGUUUCUCACACGUGAAGCUAAAAUCGCUUGCAGCCCAAUAACAUCUCUUCAUGCUCUUAAGCCAAGUGAAAGGAUUCCAGACAAGUGUGUAAAGAGCGGAGGUCCUGGAGCAAAGGUGUUAGCAACCACCUCAGAUGAGAAAGCCGUCGUCACAAGCUGUGUCUUCUGUGAGAAGGCAGGACACAGUCUACAAAGGUGUUACAAGUUUAUGCAAGGGACAAUCUUGGAGCGAAUCAAGUUUGUUCAAGAAAAUAAAUUGUGUUUUGGCUGUCUCAAAUUUGGCCACCGAUCUAGAGAUUGUAGAGAAAGAGACAGCUGCGACACCUGUGAGAGAAGACACCCAACUUGUCUUCAUGACGAUCGCACCAAGGAAGAAAGGAUGUCUACAAGAUCUGACAGAGCAAGGUACAGUGACAAAGACAAAGAAGAGUACAAAGAAAGGAAGAAUGAACAGUCACAAGACCAGUCAGAGAGACCAUCACGUGAGGCGACGGCACUUAGAGUCAUCCAGAAUGUUGGAGACACGCAUACCUCCACAAUAAUUCCAGUGUGGGUGUCAUCUACAAGUGCACCAAGUCGUGAAGUUCUGGUGUACGCACUCCUUGAUACACAAAGUGACACAACCUUUAUCCUCGACGAGACAGCGAAGGCUCUCAAUGCUAGGAGUGAACCAGUUCAGCUAAACCUCUCCACGUUGGCUUCAAGAAACACAAUCGUGUCCUGUCGGAAGCUAGCUGGUCUACAAGUUAGAGGUUUUUAUUCAGACAAGAUAAUCACUCUUCCAGUGACUUACUCAAGAGAGUUUAUCCCUGCAAACAGAGACCAUAUUCCCACACCAGAUACGGCGAAAGCAUGGCCUCAUCUUGAACACAUUGCAGAUGAGAUCGCUCCUCAGCAAAGCUGUGAUGUCGGCCUGUUAAUUGGCUACAACUGUGCCCAAGCCCUCGUUCCAAGACAAGUGGUGCCUGGUGAGGAACACCAGCCGUUUGCACAAAAGACAGACUUGGGCUGGAGUGUAGUGGGAUAUGGCAACCCGUGUCUCAACUAUGGAGAUGCAAUUGGAAUAAGUCACCAAGUCAUGGUGAAGCAAGUGAUGCCAGGUCUACCGUCCUCUUCAGACCUCACAAAGGAAGUGCACUAUGUCUGUAGGACACAGAUCAAAGAAGUUCUCUUACCUGCAGAUGUCAUCAAGAUGCUGGAGUCUGACUUCGUUGAAAGAGAGUCGGAAACCAGCCCCAUCUCUCAAGAAGAUCUAAGGUUCCUGUCAAAAAUGGAAAAGAGCAUCAACUUAAAGAGCGACGGUCAUUACGAAAUGCCGCUGCCAUUCAAGAAAGAAAGACCUAACUUACCUGAUAAUAAGAUCUGUGCUAUCCAUCGUCUCAGGUGCCUAGAAAGAAGGCUGAGAAGAAACGACCAGUACUACAAAGACUACAAGACCUUCAUGGAUGAGACCAUAAGACGCGGAGAUGCAGAAAGGGUCCCGGAGGAAGACAUCCACAAAGCUCCAGCUUGGUACAUUCCGCAUCAUGGGGUGUAUCAUCCACAAAAGCCUGGGAAGAUACGCGUUGUCUUCGAUUGCUCCGCCAAGUACCAAGGAACGUCCUUGAACGACCACCUCCUGACGGGUCCUGAGUUGACAAACACCUUGGUGGGAGUUCUGUAUCGCUUCCGAAGAGGUCCUGUGGCAAUCAUGUGUGACAUCGAACGCAUGUUUCACCAGUUCCAUGUUAAGGCAGAAGACCAAGAUUACCUGCGGUUCCUUUGGUGGGACAAUGGAGAUCUCGAAAGCCAACCUUCCAUCUAUCGGAUGAAAGUCCACUUGUUUGGUGCAGCAUCGUCACCUGGCUGUGCCAACUAUGGGCUGAAGCAUGUCGCUGCUGAAGGACAAGGAAACUUUAGUGACGACACCAUAAAGUUCAUUCAACGGAACUUCUACGUGGAAGAUGGAUUGUCAAGUGUAGCAUCCGAAGACCAAGCGAUCCAACUGGUGAAAGAAGCAAGAGAACUUUGCAGCACAGGCAAACUCCGGCUGCAUAAGUUUAUCUCUAACAGCAAGAAGGUCCUAGACACAAUCCCAAAAGAAGAAUGUGCUGCAGCUGCCAAAGACAAGGACAUGGCACUGGGUGAACUGCACAUGGAAAGAGCACUCGGUGUGCAGUGGUGCGUGGCUUCUGAUGAGUUCCAGUUCAGAGUAAUCGUCAAGGAGAAUCCACUUACUCGAAGAGGAGUCCUGUCCACAGUCGCUUCAGUCUACGACCCUCUUGGAUUUGUGGCACCGUUCAUCUUGUUGGGAAAGCAGAUCCUGCAGCAGAUGUGUCGUGACAAGCUCAGUUGGGAUGACACCUUACCUGAUGACCUACGACCUCUGUGGGAAAGCUGGCUUCAAGACCUGCGAAAUCUAGCCGAGGUGAAGAUUCCAAGAUGCUACGUUCCAUCAAGCUUCAAGGUCCAACACUACGAACUCCACCAUUUCGCCGAUGCCAGUGAGUCAGGCUAUGGAGAGUGCUCGUACCUCAGAGCAGUGAGUACGUCAAGUGAAGUCCACUGUUCCUUUGUAAUGGGAAAGUCGAGAGUCGCUCCUACUAAGGUCACAACCAUACCAAGACUCGAGCUGUCAGCAGCAGUGGUAGCUGUCCGCACCAGUGACAUGCUCAAGAAAGAACUGGAAAUAGAAUGCCUACAAGAAGUCUUCUGGACUGAUUCAAGAGUGGUCCUUGGUUACAUCAAUAAUGAAGCCAGAAGAUUUCACGUGUUUGUGGCAAAUCGUGUGGAACGCAUCAAGCAAAGCACAGAGUCUACACAAUGGAAGUAUGUGGCUUCAGAAGAUAAUCCAGCAGACUACGCCUCAAGAGGUCUCACAGCAGAGCAACUGGUAUCCUCUAACUGGUUCACAGGCCCAGACUUUCUUUGGCAGAAGGAGUUACCAAGUGGAGAUGUCAAGGUGGGAGAGAUCACAUAUGACGAUCCUGAGCUUAAAGGUCCCAUGACAUGAAAAUCUCAAUUUAUGAGGUUUUCUAACAUAAAUAUGAGUUCCCCUAGCCUGCCUAUGGU